UAGUCAUACCUUACAUCCAACUCACUAAUGCUAUUAUGUAUCAUAUUUCACAUUCUUUGCUAUUCUUCAAUCAUUCAAUCUCCCCAUUUCUUCUGCUGCGGUUCUUCGGAAAGAAGCCGGGUAAUGCGCUCGCCUCCUAAUUUCAUUUUGACCACUAGGGGGAGACAGUCACAUUCUCUAACCAGGACAAAAAAACCAAUGUGAAGGAAGCACAGUCAGGUUUAUGGAAACAACUGCACUUCUAAAGUGUUAAAGACAAGGCAGCUUUGUUUGAAUAGGGAUGCUGCUUUCAUCUCCUGCAUCAUGUUCCAGAACCCUUUCAAGGAUCAGCUCAAUUUCUACCAACACAAUAGAGGAAUGACUGUGAUACAAGGACUGGAGUUGUUCACCCCUUUAUUGGCUCAGGUUCUGCUGGGGCUUACCACGGAAUCUUGCUCUUGGCUUGGCUAUUGGAACUAGGAAGAACCAGCCCUCUGAUGAUAUCAUUUAAUAACAGAUACAUACAUUAGACUGGAUGGCAAGAUUGAUGUUGCUCCAGAGCAGUACAAUGCCUUCUGAUAAAAUACUACCAGCCAAAUGUCAGAAUGUGGGACUACAGCCAGGUGUCUCCUCCAGCAUGGACCUUUCUUUUGUUUGCUUGAGAAAAGCUUUGAGGGAUGGGAAAAUAUAAACACAAAGGCAUGAUUCCACGAUAGAUUUUUAUGGGAAAGCCUCGAUUGACAAACUGUUUGGAAUUUUUGCUUUCACACGAAAACCUCUGGAAUCCCCAGGCAAUUUGACAGCAGAUAAGAAAUUCCUAGAACAUUUCUCUCGCACUGUAGGGCACUUGAAAUUCUGACUUGUAGGAAGAUUAAACAGUUCAUUUGGGAGCUUUUCUAAACACUGCAUUUAUGGCAGUCACUUGACAUGAGUGUCAGUUCAUCAUUAGAAACAUUUAAAUAAUAAAAAUAAGUAUUGGACAACAGUAAGUACAAAAGUAUAUGUAUGAGAGCUUUUGUCUGACUUGGCAUGGAUAGAACCCAAGUAUGGAGGAUAAAGACGUGCUUGCAUUUCCUCAAAGCCCUCGGGAAAGAGCCAGCGUACAGUGAAUAUUCUUGGUUAUCCGGCAACUCUGUGGAAUAAAAGAAUGUAGAAGUACAACCAGACUUAAAGGAGUUCAACUAUUUCUUAGAGAAGUUCUGCAUCUAAACUACUAUCUAGAGCCUAUCUGGAAGCCAACGGACAGCCUCCUUCCAGUCUGUUGGAACACUUCUCGUAAAGAAUUCUGAGUCACUUCGAGAGGUUACCGCACUGAGCUGAAUAAAAGAAGUGUGUUGCCUGGGAAUCAUUUGCAAAACAUGCUGGGGAUUGAGAAGAAUGCUGCCUAGAGAUCAUUACAAUUUCACAUACCAGUCCAGGCGACAGUGAUUACAAAGGACCAUUGAGAAAUUUUCACUUUUACAUCCGCACUUUAUUAAAAAAAAAAAAAAAAAAAAGGCAAAACACUAGUAUAACUGUCAAAUGAAUUUAUUCGAUGCCUUGUUGGGACUGAAAAAAAACGUCCCUAAGAAAAGCUAGUGUUUAUAUUAUCGUAGUCAUUUAAAAUGAAAAUUGGAAUUGACUUUUCUUCUUCCUCUGGGGAUUGUAGACUGGCAAAUAAUAACGGAUCCGGUUCAUCCUGAUCAAUGCCAUGAAUUCCACUUGGAGAAUGCCAUGACAUUAAAUAUCACAAGUAUGGAUGAAGACGUUUUACUUACAGAAAGAGAUUCAUCUUUUCGAGUUCUUACAGGCUGUUUCCUUUCUGUCUUAAUUCUUUCAACUCUUCUGGGUAACACGUUGGUCUGUGCAGCUGUCAUCAGGUUUCGCCACCUUCGAUCCAAAGUCACAAAUUUUUUUGUGAUUUCUUUAGCUGUAUCUGAUUUAUUAGUCGCUGUCUUGGUCAUGCCCUGGAAAGCUGUGGCUGAAAUUGCUGGAUUUUGGCCCUUUGGUACUUUCUGCAAUAUUUGGGUUGCAUUUGAUAUUAUGUGUUCAACAGCUUCAAUCUUGAACCUUUGUGUCAUCAGUGUUGACCGCUAUUGGGCCAUCUCUAGUCCAUUCAGGUAUGAAAGAAAAAUGACACCAAAGGUAGCCUUCAUCAUGAUCAGUGUUGCGUGGACUUUGUCAAUUCUAAUAUCGUUCAUUCCUGUACAGCUCAACUGGCACAAAGCAAAGACCACCAGUUUCUUCGACCUGAACAUCACUUUACAUGAUAGAACAAUGGACAACUGCGAUUCAAGUCUAAAUAGGACAUACGCAAUUUCCUCUUCAUUAAUUAGCUUCUAUAUACCGGUGGCCAUCAUGAUUGUAACCUACACGCGGAUUUACAGAAUAGCAGCCAAACAAAUAAGGCGCAUUUCAGCUUUAGAAAGGGCAGCAGUGCAUGCCAAGAACUGUCAAAAUAUUACUGGCAACAGAAACAGCAUUGACUGCCAGCAACCAGAAAGCUCAUUCAAAACCUCUUUUAAAAGAGAAACAAAGGUUUUAAAAACAUUAUCAGUUAUUAUGGGCGUUUUUGUAUGUUGCUGGUUGCCCUUUUUUAUACUGAACUGCAUAGUGCCAUUUUGUGAUCCCAGUUUAAUCAGAAAUGGAACAGAACCAUUCUGCAUUAGCUCUACCACCUUCGAUGUGUUUGUAUGGUUCGGGUGGGCAAAUUCAUCGUUGAAUCCCAUCAUAUAUGCCUUUAAUGCUGAUUUUCGUAAAGCGUUUUCAAACCUUCUAGGCUGCUACAGGAUCUGUCCUACAUCAAACAAUGUCAUAGAGACUGUCAGCAUUAACAACAAUGGAGCUGUUGUCUACUCAUGCCAGCAAGAGCCUAAAGGUUCAAUACCAAACGAGUGCAAUUUAGUUUACCUGAUCCCCCACGCCAUCAUUUGCCCUGAAGAUGAAGUGCUGAAAAAAGAAGAUGAAAGUGGCCUGUCUAAAAGCUUGGAGAAAAUGUCUCCUGCAUUUUCAGGGAUUUUGGAUUAUGAUGCAGAUGUCUCACUGGAAACGAUAAACCCUAUUACACAGAAUGGGCAGCAAAAAACCUGAUAAGGAAAUGUGGAAAGUUAACAAACAUUAAACAAGCGACUGCUUGAGUACUUUUAAGUUCAACAAUGCAUCUGUUUUUUCCAACACUCCAUUGUAUUUUAUAAGCGUGCUACUAUUUGUGGUGUUCAGUGGAAAAUAUAAAUAAAGUGCGGCCAAUUUCAAGGUUUAAUAUUGAAAAUUAUAAUAUAAAGAAUGUGUUUUUGGAUUGUAGUUCAUAACACCAACUUGCAUAAUAUGGUUACAAAAAGUUAUGGUGAAAUUGACAAAUGGUUUAACAUUUGUAUCUAAUGCACCUGAAUGGAUUGUAUAGUAUGUAAAAUAAGUACAUGCCUUUGUAAUUCCAUUUUGAAAAAGCAACCGAGCCUUAUAGUAGAAGGGAAUAUUUUUUUAAUGGAGAGAUCAUUGUAAGCAUAAACUUUGUUCAUAUAUUAUGUUAAAUUGAUAUUUUUAAGAAAUGUUUUUAAAAAAGAAAAAUCUAUAAAGUUGUACCUUUACUUUGUUUAUUUUAAUGAACUUAGUUUGUGAUUGCUGUCCAGAGUUUCACAGAUACAUGCAGCAUAACAGAUAUUUAACGAGCAGCCAAUCACUCUUCGCUCCAUGUUUCAGCAUCUGUGUUUACCUCUUGAAGUAGAUUGCAUCAAAGUAUAAGUCAGUAGCUUUAUUAUCAGCUGUGUCUCAUUCAUGCAAAUCUUUGAUACAUGUAUGUGCAAUAUGGUGGAAUUUUGUUUUUAGGCUUGUCAGAAAAAAACUGUGUAGCAUUGGCAAUUAACUGUGUAGCAUUGGCAAUUAAUAAAGCUUUGUUUAUAUCUAUAGUCAACACCCCUGAUCCAAUAGAACAUGCCAUUUCCAGUAUAGCAAGAAUAGCUUCUCCCAUGGUAUUAAAAAGCUGCAAAUUCAGUGUAAAGACUCUUUAAAUACAGUGAUCAGGCCAAACAUUCCUGUUCUUGCCCAUAUACAGUAUAUGCAGUCAGUGUUUUUGGUCCCUUAGAUGCAGUUUUCACUUUCUAAGUCAAUAUACACCGGUAUAUUUACCCUUCCUUAUAUUGUUCAGGUAUCAGGAACCCUUGCCUCCAUCCAGGGCAAUGUAAUCAAUAAUUCAGUAGAUGGGUAAUGAUACCACUAGGCGCAGCGAUUCUGCUGCAAGGUGCCUUUAUUAGCAAAAUGACAUGUUUCAAGCUUAACAGCUCUUUAUCAAAAACGACAUGUUUCGAGCUUAACUGCUCUUUCUCAUCUUUAUGAUAAAGAGCUGUUAAGCUCGAAACCAUUCCUUUUGCUAAUAAAGGCACCUUGCAGCAGAAUCACUGCGCCUAGUGGUAUCAUUACCCAUCUACUGAAUUA